GUGUUCCCUUUGCAUCUGUCUCUAGCAAACCAGAUCCAUCCCCGCUCGCUCUUGCCCGAUGGAGCAGCCAAACCGAGCCCCGGCGAAGAGAAGAACCCCGAGGCGGCAGAUCAUUGUGGAAACUGAAGAAUUAGCACUUCUUAACUGAUCACUCUGAAGCUUUGAUUCUUCCCCUGGUGCAUCUCAAGUUUUCUUCCUUGGUUCAUUUCUUCCUGCAAGGUGAGGUCUUCUUUCAGGUUCAGCCAUGACGACUUCGGCCUUGCGUCGUCAGGUAAAAAACAUUGUGCACAAUUAUUCUGAAGCAGAAAUCAAGGUGCGCGAAGCCACCUCUAAUGACCCCUGGGGACCCCCCAGCUCUUUAAUGUCUGAGAUUGCUGAUCUGACUUUCAACACAGUGGCCUUUGCAGAGGUCAUGGGUAUGAUCUGGAGGCGGCUGAAUGACAGUGGCAAGAACUGGCGUCAUGUCUACAAGGCCCUGACUCUUCUGGACUACCUCAUUAAAACAGGCUCAGAGAAGGUGGCUCAUCAGUGCCGAGAGAAUCUGUAUACCAUUCAGACUUUAAAAGAAUUCCAGUACAUAGACCGUGAUGGCAAAGAUCAAGGCAUCAAUGUUCGUGAAAAGGUGAAGCAGGUGAUGAGCUUGCUGAAGGAUGAAGACAGGCUGAAGCAGGAGAGAGCCUAUGCCCUGAAAACCAAAGAGCGGAUGUCCAUUGAAGGUAUGGGCAUCAGCAGCAGCAAUAGCAACAGCCAGCAGCUUGCCUAUGGACGGCGGGCCUCACAGUAUGGUGAUGACUACAGCAGAUCAAGAGGUUCUCCAUCCUCCUUUAAUUCUUCUUCGUCAUCUCCCCGGUUCAGUUCUGACCUGGAGCAGGCAAGGCCGCAGACUACCGGUGAAGAGGAGCUGCAGCUCCAGCUUGCCCUGGCCAUGAGUCGAGAAGAAGCAGAAAAGCAGCCACUUCCUCCAGUCUCCAGCACAGAUGAAGAUUUGCAAUUACAGAUAGCGCUUACCCUGAGCAAACAAGAGCAUGAGAAGGAAGUUAGAGCAUGGAAGGGAGAAAAUUCACUACUGCAAAAGGCACUGGAAGAAAGUAAUCUGGGUGUUGAGGAAGUUGAAGAUGAUGAUAAGGCAAAGAAAAAACAGUCUUCUGUGUUGGAGCUGGCAGACAUUUUUGGACCAGCACCAGUCGCCUCUGCCCACACUUCUGCUGACCCAUGGGAUAUUCCAGAUACUAAAUCUUCUGUAGAAUCAACAGGAACAUCCUGGGGUCCUGCUGCAGACCCCUGGGUGCCAUUACCUUUGGAGGACUCUCUGACUCACACUUCUACCAGUCAAGCUUCUUCUGGCCCCUGGAAUCUUCCUCCUGUCUCUUCUGCCUCUGAUCCAUGGGGGAUAAAAUCAUUGCCUUCAGGUGUCUCAUCCUCAGACCCCUGGGGAAAACAGUCACCACCUGCUCCACUCUCUGCAGGUGUUACUGCUGCUGCUGAUCCUUGGGGAGGUUCUAUUGACAGUUCCUCUGCCCCUGGCAAUAGUACAUUUGACUUAUUUGCAAAAUUACCUGAACCUGUGGAUCAACCAGAACAUGAAAGUUCUCAGGCUCCAUCUUCUGUGAAAUCCAACAGCUCUGUAGAUGUGGACCUGUUUGGUGACCUUAUUCCAAGCACCAAGGAGGAUGGAAUAAAAAGUAAAGACAUUUUUGAUAUUGCAAGUUUAGGAGAUUCUUUACCUGAUUCAAAGGAGAAGAAAGACAACAAAACACCAGAGACCUUUCUUGGCCCCAGUGCCUCUUCCUUGGUUAAUUUGGACUCCCUGGUUACAGUCCCCCAGAGCCUGAAGUCACGUAAUCCAUUUCUGGCAGGACUCAGUGCCCCUUCACCUACCAACCCAUUCAACGUUGAUCAGCCCAAACCAACUCUCAACCAGAUGCGGACCAACUCCCCAGUGCCUAGUGUACCUAUGGGGGUGCCAGUGAACUCUAUGACCUACAGUACUUCUCUCCCUCUUCCACUCAGUAGCAUCCCCUCAACAAUGACUCUCCCAGCCUCUGUGAGUGCCUUCCCUCAGGCUGUAGCAGGGCCUUUCCCAGAGCUACCUAGCAACUUGCCUCAACCUCUCCUACCACUCUCUGGCUCAGUCCCCCCACCACUAGCUUCACAAAACAGUAUGAACCCUUUUCUCUGAGAAGACUUGGUUGGUAACAUGUGAUAUAUCCAUUACUCCUUCCCCAACUGUUAUGGAGGACCUCCCGUGCAAAGCACAUUGGUUUUGAUGCAAGCAAGUAUCUCCCUGGAAGCUCUGAUCAAAGAGACUCAGCAUGAAUGUCCUUGCUCAAUAAGAUACAAAAAACCAACUGUCCAUCAUGUUGAACAUUGCCUAUAGUCUGCUGUUGAUGGCAGUUGGGACAUCAGCUGACACUGUUUUGAUGGAUUAAAAAGGAGGUGGGAGGGCAGGUCUGUAGAAGGGCAUUUCUUUUUCCAAGGAUCUCUGCUCUCCUGCUUUUAUGUUGGCACAAAUAAUGACUAAAUCAAACAAAUCAAAACAAAAACUCAAGAUUACCUUCUUCAAUGUGAAGGAAAGAAAUUAUUUUGUAGUCUGCAUGGAAAUACACAAACAUUUGCCAAAGCUUACAGCUCUAAUUCCUGCAUGACAGGGGCACAAUCUCAUUCCUGGAAAUCUUGACAGCUCAGCAAAUUUUGCAAUGCUAUAUGCAAGGGGAGAUGAUCUUAUUUUUUGCUACAGUCACUUUCACUGGGUUGCCUAAAGGAAACCUCUUCCAUUUCCUGCUGUUUCCACUCAGUCACACUUUCAUCAAUGUUCUUCUUGCACAUCUUUUGGUUUUUUGUGAGCUUUAGAUAUUCUGAGAUUUAGCGAGGGACCAUUAAAGGGGUAAGAAUGAGCUACAUAGAAGGACAUCAAAAAACAAACAAAAAAGGGCAGUCAAGCUCAAUGCCUGCAUUGUGUGGAUAUGGUGGCAAGAAUGCUGAUCCAUGAAAGGGAUGGAGAAUAGAGUCAUAAACUCCAGCCCCCUAGAAAUAUAUGACCAACCUCCUCUGGCUUCUAAAUCAAAUGUGUACUGAAUAAGUAGGCUAGCUAGGCUCUACAGGGUCCCAAUCCCAGGCGUUCCAAAUUCUGAAGAUGCUGCCACACUUUACAUGAAGAGCUGACAGUUCUUGCUGUUCCUGUUUGUUACUCUAUAUGAAGUCUGAUAUCACUGCACUGUUCUGCAUCUGAUAGCUUUGAUCCAAAAGACUUUUCUUUGUGAACUUCUCCAUACUUAUAGGGGAACAUGAUGGACGUUCUGAUUUUCGUCUUGGAUGGUCCCUUAGUUAUGUAUUUGAUCACAGGCUUUUCCUAGUACCAACUUCCCAGUCCCAGAUCCAGUCUGCAAAACGUGGAACUCAGCAACAGCAAAUCCAGUCCAGAACACUUGAAUGAACUUUGUGGAAUGCAUGAGAAUACUUAGGAUAACUUGAAUGGUGGCAAAGGAUGGAAGGGCUUUGUUAAUGUGUUUGAGAACUCUAUCCAUGAGAAACCUUAAUAUUGGGCUUGGUGGCCUAGAUGCCUUUUAUUCAAGCUCAGAGUUGCUUUGAAAAUAUUGAAAAGAUAUGUGUAAACUUAUUUUCAGUGAACCUCUCCUUCCAAGGUCAUCCUAGGAUAUUAAUGGAAGUGGUAUAAGCCAGAAAGCUAUAGCAGUGGGUACAGCAUAAAUAUCCCAACUACCAUCUGUGACUUAAUUGAGGAUUUCACUCAGCAUGCCAAUACAAGUUGCAUCUGCAGGGCAUGAUGGCUGUGGAGCACUGAUUCAGCUGUAAUGGGAGAGAAGUCAGGGCCAGCCAUGGAGAGCAAUCCAGGACAAUCAUUGGGGCUUUCUAGCCUGUACUUAAACACAAUACUAUCAUACCAAUACAGAUUUUCAACCUAUAUAAAAUAAUGGGGGGAGGGGAGAAUAAGAGGCCAAUAAAAAGUCCAAAUGUG